AUGCAAGGACAUCCCUUCUCGUUCCUGGCCUCCCAUGCCCCAAUAGCUGUCAUCCAAGCUCAACAGAGCCUGGCUUCCAACCAGCCAAUCAAGGUCUCAUUCCUCCUCGCUUUCCCUGCAGAUCCUCAUGCCCAUACUCGGUUUCCCUCGUCUAAGUUUCUCCUCUUCGAUGCGCCACAAAGUGCCCCGAUCUCACUUCUUCCAUAUUGCUUCAACUUACUUGGCACACCUAACCACCUUGCUAUGACCAGGCUCGUGCAAUGUUGUCCCACUUCACAGCUCGUGCGGCAUGCAAGUGACUGCAAGAACGCUCGUAAGCUCACAGAGCAUAUGCAAUGGUAUGUGCUCCUCUGCAAGGGACUCCUGACAGAAGAUCGUUCCCUUCAGCCACCCCAGCUACAAAGUGAAAGUGGCAACGGAAAUUUCCUCCCCCAGGACUCAGCGCCAGCAAGGGGUGACGAGGACGGCAUCCAUCCUACGGUGAGGAGCAUUGCUUCCACUAUAGUCGGGAAUCCAAUCCGGGUCAACAUGCAUCGGAAGCAUAGGUAUGCGGCGUUCGAGGUGCUGCCUUCGGGGAUAUUGUGUGUUGUUUGGUGCGUAGAUCAUUGUGGUUGUGAGGUUGCUGGGGAACUUGCAGGAGGAAGCUCGGAUGGUGCCUCGUUCCCGGGGCACGUGGCGGCCUUGCUGCCUGGAGCGGCUCGCCAGUUUGUUCCACGUGAAGGUGCAUCUCCGAAUUUGUGUUUGUGUAACGUGAAAUAUGAGGAGUCGAGAUGA